CACCGCCCUCCACCCUCUCGAGAGGAAUCGAGCGCCGAACGCAUCGAUAUCUCUGCCCUCGGUGGCCGCCCGGCCCCGAACUCAUCGGUGCGCUCGGAGCUCGACUUCCCUAGGCGUCGGCCGCGGCGGCGGAGGCAGCAGCGACGGUGGCAGGGGCAGCAGCGGUGGUGGUGGCGGCGGCUUCUCGGCCAGUCCUCCCGGCCCCCGCCAUUUCGGACCGGGAGCGAGCGCGACGCGGGCACUGAGGGCAGCGGCGGCGGGGGCCAGAGGCUUGGGGGCUCCCAGGUGCGGGAGAGAGGCCUGCUGAAAAUGACUGAAUAUAAACUUGUGGUAGUUGGAGCUGGUGGCGUAGGCAAGAGUGCCUUGACGAUACAGCUAAUUCAGAAUCACUUUGUGGAUGAAUAUGAUCCUACAAUAGAGGAUUCCUACAGAAAACAAGUAGUAAUUGAUGGAGAAACCUGUCUCUUGGAUAUUCUCGACACAGCAGGUCAAGAGGAGUACAGUGCAAUGAGGGACCAGUACAUGAGGACUGGGGAGGGCUUUCUUUGUGUAUUUGCCAUAAAUAAUACUAAAUCUUUUGAAGAUAUUCACCAUUAUAGAGAACAAAUUAAAAGAGUUAAAGACUCUGAAGAUGUACCUAUGGUUCUAGUAGGAAAUAAAUGUGAUUUGCCUUCUAGAACAGUAGACACAAAACAAGCUCAGGACUUAGCAAGAAGUUACGGAAUUCCUUUUAUUGAAACAUCAGCAAAGACAAGACAGAGAGUGGAGGAUGCUUUUUAUACAUUGGUGAGAGAGAUUCGACAAUACAGAUUGAAAAAAAUCAGCAAAGAAGAAAAGACUCCUGGCUGUGUGAAAAUUAAAAAAUGCAUUAUAAUGUAAUCUGGGUGUUGAUGAUGCCUUCUAUACGUUAGUUCGAGAAAUUCGAAAACAUAAAGAAAAGAUGAGCAAAGAUGGUAAAAAGAAGAAAAAGAAGUCAAAGACAAAGUGUAUAAUUAUGUAAAUACAAUUUGUACUUUUUUCUUAAGGCAUACUUAAGUAAAAGUGGUAAUUUUUGUACAUUACACUAAAUUAUUAGCUUUUGUUUUAGCAUUACCUAAUAUUUUUUCCUGUUUCAUGCAGACUUUUAGCUUUUAUCUUAAAUGCUCAUUUUAAAAUGACAGUGGAAACUUUUUCUUCCUCUAAGUGCCAGUAUUCCCUGCAUUUUGGUUUUUGAACUAGCAAUGCCUGUGAAAAAGAAACUGAAUACCUGAGAUUUCUGUCUUGGGGUUUUUGGUGCAUGCAAGUUGAUUACUUCCUAUUUUUCUUACCAAUUGUGAAUGUUGGUGUGAAACAGAUUUAUGAAGCUUUUGAAUCAUCCCUGUUUUGUUUUACCUAGUCACAAAAAUGGAUUCCUUAGUAAUUAUAACUUCAGUUGAGACUUUAUUAGUUUUACUGAGCUAUGGAAGGAUCACAAAUUUAUAGGCUUCCUUUGAUUCAGCUUCUAGACAUCAUGACCUAUAGUUUGUCAUCCUUCAUGAAUGUAGUUACACUGUUCACUAAAGUUUUCUCCCCUUCCCACUGCAAUAAGUCAUGGUCACUCUUCCAAAAAUACUAUAUUUUUUCUAUAAAAAGGGAAAAAUAGAAAAAAAAUAAGGUAAUGAAAAAUUUUAAAAGGCCAUUGACUUUCCACAUUAGAUAAAUUACUGUAAGAUUCCUAGCUUUUCCUGUCAAGGCAGAUCUAGUAUGCAAUGGGGAUUAUACCAACCAUUUUGGGACUGUACUUACAUGCUACUAAAAUUUUAUAAUAGUGGAAACAAUUUUAAUGUGCAUAAAAAUUCUAUAGGAAUUAAAUAUAUUCUCCCUUAGAUUGCUCUUUCUUCGCACAAAUUUAAGCCUCGGUUUUUGAAAAUAGUUUCAGUUCUGGUAGUGAUAACAGAGAUUAUUGAAGCCAGUUAUCCAUUCAUUAAGUGUCGCAAGGCCAGGCUCUCUGGGUACCUCUGAGUGUCACUGAGUUUCAUAGCAGGGGCUGCAUUCCCAUGGUCAUCCAGCAUCAUCAUGAACUGACUGGUCAAAAUGGGCAGCAGGAGAAAAUUUGGAUAGGUCGACAAAAUGCAUUCUCACUAUGUGGUAGUCUUUACUGACAAAUUAUGGCACUUUAAAAAAAAAAAAACUUUUUAAAAUACUACUUUUAAAUAUGAACUUAAAAGUUGCAAUUUGGGGAUGAGAGAGCACCAAAACUUUUCUUUUAAAUCAGUGACUUGACAAAGUUUCAAACUCCCUAAGUUGGGCUAGUUUUCUUAACACUGGCUACAGUAGCAUUUUAUGAAUGCCUUUCAAGUCCCAUCCAUAUUUAAGAACAUCUAAUGGUUUAAAAAUAAUAUUAAUAAAAACAAUUCUUUCAAUACAUUUAAAGUGUUAUUUAAUUUAAAAUAUUUGAAGUGAGAUGGUGUGGUGAGGUGAAAAUAUCACUGGGCUAGAAGAAAGGUGACUUAGAUUCUAGAUAUGUGUCUUUUAAAACUGAUUUUGAGAAAAUCAUUUACUAUCCACUUUGUUAAAAGAAAUCAUCUCAAAGACCCUAUCUAAUUUUAUAACUAUGUAGUUUACAUUCAGUUUACGUAAAGAUACACCUGUUUGUCAGGCUCAGCACAAUCUGCUGUACUUCUUUAUCUGUAUAAUCAUCUUCAUUGCCAAUCUUGGGCAAAAUUGUGCAAGAGGUGAAGUUUAUAUUUGAAUAUCCAUUCUCUAGUUUCAGUACUCCUCUCCCAUAUUAAUGUCAUCUUACCUGCCACCCUUCCACAUGCCCCAUGAUUCAAAGCAAUUUUCUUUUAAUAUUUUAAUUCCCAUAACCUCAUAAUAUAUUGCUGCUGUGAAAUCUCCAAGAAGGCCGUCCAUUAAGGUACAUCAAAAUUGCCCUGUGUCUUACUUCCUCCACGCAGUAUUUAGUGGGAUUGGACCUAACAGCUAAUUUUCAGGUGGUUGCUGUACUAUUUAAUAUUGAACCUUCGAACAUCAUCUCUUCACUAAAUAGUCCGUUGGUGACUAAGUAGGAAUUUUCAAACCUAGUAUGAAUUGUCUGCCUGCUAUAGUACAAGGAGAAUGAUGCUGGAGUCUAGCUAGGAAUAGUCCUGGUAACAGUGAUACAUUCCAUUGUUUUACUAACUGAAAUCAUCUUACAAUGAACAAAACUUUAAAGAUUAAUUUGUAAAACUUACUUCUUAGCAAAAUUCAUUUACAUAGUAAAUAAUUUGUUCAGCCACUGGACCAGGCACUGGGGACUUGACAGCCUUAAAAAUUAAAAAAGGCCAUAAUCCUUGUCCUGAAGUAGUGUUGAGUUUUCUGUCAUAUCUUAGUAACACAUUUGGCAUGUGACCCAGAGAUAACAUAAUACAGUAUAUAAUUUAAAUUUUGCAGAGAGAGGGUUUGGUCUUUAAGGGUUCUUCCAGUUCUACAGUAAUUGUUUUGCUGUGAUUCCAGUGCAAGUGUUUAAUUGAACUACUUGAUAUAAACCGUUACUUAAUUGUUUUAAAGGAGUAAAAUUUCUCGUGUGUAAUAUUCUAGUUUUUUCUCUGUAUAAGUAAUUAAAGCAGACUUUAAAAAAUUAAUUAUAGUUUUAUUUGGGUACAAAUAAACAGGUGCCUGAGCUAAUUCACAGAAAAGGAAAACUGUAAAAACCAAGUAUGACUUGUGUAAUGCUUUACUAAACUACAGAUUUAUGGAACAUUGUGUCUAGGUAGGGUUAUAAGACUUAUGCAGUACCUCCUCUAGUUUCUACACAGUGAAAGAAAUGAGCAUUUUUCAGGAACUGCAGUGCAUAAUGGGAUAUUUAGGACUCUUGAAUUUUUUAUGUAGCUAGGAAAAUUUUUUUAAAGUAGUAAUAAUUAUCCUUUAUUAUGUGAAUUUUGAAUGGUUUAACAAAAGGUUUUUGUAGAGAUUUUUAAAGGGGAGAGAACCCUAAAAAUGUUAUCUAAUUUACUACAAAAGAUUAAAAUCCUUGUUGAAGUUGAAAACAGUGCUAAGUUACAUAGUAUUAGGCAUUAACAUGUUUGUGGGAAGAAUAUAGCAGACAUCAGUAGCAUAAUUUGAAUAUUCUCAAUUAGAAAUUCUAGGCUCUAUUAACUGAGUCACACUGCAUAAGAAUUUAGAACCUAACUUUUAUAGGUUAUCCUGCCACCAUUGCACAAUUUUGUCCACACACACACACACACACACACACACGCACACACACACACGCUUGUGAGGCAUGUUAAGUUAGUUUGCACAAACUCAUCUCAUUUGUAUUCUAGUGAUCUUCUAAAUAUUUUUCCCAAACAAUAUUAUACACAUUUAGGGAUGUUUUGGGGGUAGACAACAAAAAUUAUGUGAAAUUAUUUCCAUCUAAAGUAGUCAUUUCUGGGCUGGGGAUUUAGCUCAGUGCUGCCACCGCCUGCCUCGCAAGCACAAGGUCCUGAGUUCGAUCCCUGGUACCAAAAAAUUAAAAAAAUUUUUUUAAAUAAAGUAAUUUCUUUUAAAAAUCCAUCAGUUACUUUUUAAAUGAAUAUAUUUUCAGUAACUUCUGUGUUAAUAUUGGGUAGCAUGAAUUCUGCAUUGAGAAACUGGAUAGCGUACAACUGGUAGUUGUAAAAUCCUGUCCAGAUGAAAAUUUCUAAAGAUACACUUUAGUUCUGGAAGGAUUGUCGUAACUAGAUUAAGAUUUGUGUUUUAGUUCAAUAGUCUGAAGUGCCUAUUUGGGAUGGUGAUAGGCAUUUAGAUGAAUUUAGGAAAAACAAAGUUUACCUGCAAAAUACGUCAAUUUCAGAGGGUCCAUAUCCCCCAAUAGAGCUAAAUGGGUUCCAUUAAUAUUUUAUCAGAAAGUUUCCAGUUCCACUGUCUUGUGUUUUCAUGUUGAAAAUACUUUUGCAUUUUUCCUUUGAGUGCCAAUUUCUUACUAGUACUAUUUCUUAAUGUAACAUGUUUACCUGGAAUGUAUUUUAACUAUUUUUGUAUAGUGUAAACUGAAACAUGCACAUUUUGUACAUUGUGCUUUUUUUGUGGGACAUAUGCAGUGUGAUCCAGUUGUUUUUCCAUCAUUUGGUUGCGCUGACCUAGGAAUGUUGGUCAUGUCGAACAUUAAAUUUUAAAAUGACCACUCUUUUAAUUAAAAUUAACUUUGAAAUGUUUAUAGGAGUAUGUGCUGUGAAGUGAUAUGAAAUUUGUAAUAUUUUUGUCAUGAACUGUACCACUCCUAUCGUAAUGUAAUAAAAAAUAGUUAUAGUGACCAUGA